AUGAAUGAUGAGGAUGGUGGAGAUGAUAGUGUAGAAGAUGUUGUUGAUAACAAUGUUAAUGUUGGUGAUGAAGAUGGUAAAGAUGAUGAAGAUGGUGUAGAUGAUAGUGUUGAAGAAGACGAUGAUGACAAUAGUGCGACUGAUGAAGAUGGUGCUGCUGAUGAUGGUAAAGUUGUUGAUGAAGAUAGUGGGACUGGUGAAGAUGGUGUUGAAGAUGGUGAAGAUGAUAACGAUGAUGUUAAUUUUGAUGAUGAUGAUGACGAUAGUAGGACUGUUGAAAAUGGUUCUGAGGAUGGUGAAGAUGAUGUGGAUGGUGUAGAUGGUAGCAUUAAAGAAGAUGGUGAUGUUGGUGCUGAAGAUGGUGGGGAUGAUGAUGGAGGCUGUGAGUUUGCUGAUGAUGGUAAGGAUGAGGAAGAUGAUAUAGAAGUUGCUGAUACUGAAGGCUGUGCUUGGGUUGAUGAUAAUAAUGAUGACGAUAGUGGCACUAAUGCAGAUGGUGUUAUGGAUGAUGAAGAUGAUGAAGGUGGUGGAGAUGAUAGUAUUGAUGGCGAUGAUGUGGAAGAUAGUGGGACAGGUGAAGAUGGUGCUGAGAAUGGUGAAGAUGAUAACAGUGAUGUUAAUUUUGGUGAUAAAGAUGGUGAUGAUGAUGAUGACAGUGGGACUGUCGAAAAUUGUUCUGAGAAUGGUGUAGAUGGUAGCGUCGAAGAUGUUGAUAAUGAUGAUGAUGUUGGUGAAGAAGGUUGUGAGUUUGUUGAUGAUGGUAAGGACAAGGAAGAUGAUGUAGAGGUUACUGAUAGUAUGGGCUGUGCUGCUAGGGUUGAUGAUACUGGGAAUGAUGAAAAUGAUAGUGUUGAUGAUGUUGAUGAUGAUGAUGACGAUAGUGGGACUAAUGAAGAUGGUGCUAUGGAUGGUGAAGAUGAUGAAGAUGGUGGAGAUGAUAGUAUUGAAGAUGUUGAUGAUGAUGUCGUUAAUUUUGGUGAUGAAUAUGAAGAUGAUGGUGCAGAUGACGGUGUUAAAGAAGAAGUUGAUGAAGAUGACAGUAGUGGGACUGAUGAAGAUGGUCCUGAGGAUGGUGAAUAUGAUGAGGAUUGCGUGGAAGAUAGUAUCGAAGACAUUGUUGAUGAUGAUAACAAUGAUGUUCGUGAUGAAGAUGGUGUGGAUGGCGGUGAAGGCUGUGAGUUUGCUGAUGAUGGUAAGGAUGAGGAAGAAGAUGUGAAGGUUGCUGAUAGUGAGGGCUGUGCUGGUGGGGUUGAUGAUGAUGUUAUUGGGACUGAUGAAGAUGGUGCUAUGAAUGCUGAAGAUGAUGAAGAUGCUGGAGAUGAUAGUAUUGAAGAUGUUGUUGAUGAUGUUAAUGUUGGUGAUGAAGAUGGUAAAGAUGAUGGUGCAGAUAAUAGUGUUGUUGAAGAAGAAGAUGAUGAUGACUGUAUUGUAACUGAUGAAGAUGGUGCUGCUGAUGAUGGUGAAGAUGAUGAAGAUGGUGUUGUUGAUAGUAUUGACAAUGCUGUUGAUGAUAGCAAUGUUAAUGUUGGUGAUGAAGAUGGUGGGGAUGGUGAUGAAGAUUUUGAGUUUGCUGUUGAUGGUAAGAAUGUGGAAGAUGAUGGAGAGGUUGCUGAUACUGAGGGCUGUGCUACUGGGGUUGAUGAUAGAGAUGAUGUAAAUUGUGAAACUGAUAAAGAUGGUGUUAAUAGUAUUGAAGAUGGUGAUGAUGAUGGUGAUGACAAUAGUGGGACUGAUGAAGAUGGUGCUGAAGAUGAUGAAGAUAGUGUGGAUGAUAAUACUGAAGAAGACAAUGAAGACAAUAGUGGGACUGAUGGGGAUUGUGCUGAGGAUGGUGAAGAUGAUGAAGAUGAAGAAGGUGGGAAUGGUGAUAAAGGCUGUGAGUUUGCUGAUGAUGGUAAUGAUGGUGAUGAUGUAGAGGUUGAGGAUACUGAGGCCUGUGCUGGUGGUGUUGAUGAUUGUGGGACAGAUAAAGAUGGCAGUGAGGAUGGUGAAGAUGAUGAUAGUAUUAAAGGUGAUGAUGAUGAUGAUGAGGAUGGUGUAGAUGAUCUUAUUGAAGAUGGUGUUGAUAAUGAUGUUAAUGAUGGUGAUGAAAAUGGUGUUGAUGAUAAUAGAGAUGAGGAGGGCAGUGUAAAUGAUGGUAUUGAGAAUGGUGAUGAUGAUAGAGAUGAUGAAGAUGGAGAUAGUAGAUAUGAUAGUUCUGAAGAUGUUGAUGAUAAAGAUGAUGUUAAUGUUGCUGAUGAAGAUGACGGGAAUGAUGAGGAAGGCUGCAAGUUUGUUGAUGAUGGUAAGGAUGAGGAAGAUGAUGUAGAAGUUGCUGACAGUGAGGGCUGUGCUGCUGGGGUUGAUGAUAAUGAGGUUGCUGGGACCGAUGAAGAUGGUGCUGAGGAUGGUGAAGAUGGUGUAGAUGAUGGUACUGAAAAUAGUGUUGAUGAUAAUGAUGACAGUAAUUUUGGUGAUGAAGAUGGUGAAGAUGAUGUUGUAGAAGAAGAAGAUGACGAAGAUAGUGGGACUGAUGAAGAUGAUGCUGAGGAUUGUGAAGAUGGUAUUGAUGUUAAUGUUGGUGAUGAAGAUGGUAAAAAUGAUGGUGGUGUAGAUGAUAGUGUUGAAGAAGAUGAUGAUGAUAAUAGUGUGACUGAUGAAGAUGGUGCUGCUGCUGAUGAUGUUGAAGAUGAUGAAGAUGAUGAAGAUGGUGUUGUUGAUAGUAUUGAAGAUGUUGUUGAUGAUAACAAUGUUGAUGUUGGUGUUGAAGAAGAAGAUAAUGAUGACAAUAGUGGGACUGAUGAAGAUGGUCCUGAGGAUGGUGAAUAUGAUGAGGAGGGUGUGGAAGAUUGUAUUGAAGACGAUGUUGAUGAUGAUAACGAUGUUAAUGUUGGUGAUGAAGAUGGGGAUGAUGAUGGAGGCUGUGAGUUUGCUGAUGAUGGUAAGGAUAAGGAAGAUGAUGAAGAGGUUGCUGAUAGUGAGGACUGUGCUACUGGGGUUGCUGUUGAUGUUAGUGGGACUGAUGAAUAUGGUGCUAUGAAUGAUGAGGAUGGUGGAGAUGAUAGUGUAGAAGAUGUUGUUGAUAACAAUGUUAAUGUUGGUGAUGAAGAUGGUAAAGAUGAUGAAGAUGGUGUAGAUGAUAGUGUUGAAGAAGACGAUGAUGACAAAAGUGCGACUGAUGAAGAUGGUGCUGCUGAUGAUGGUAAAGUUGUUGACGAAGAUAGUGGGACUGGUGAAGAUGGUGUUGAAGAUGAUGAUGAUGAUGACGAUAGUAGGACUGUUGAAGAUGGUUCUGAGGAUGGUGAAGAUGAUGUGGAUGGUGUAGAUGGUAGCAUUAGAGAUGAUGGUGAUGUUGGUGCUGAAGAUGAUGGGGAUGAUGAUGGAGGCUGUGAGUUUGCUGAUGAUGGUAAGGAUGAGGAAGAUGAUGUAGAAGUUGCUGAUACCGAAGGCUGUGCUUGGGUUGAUGAUAAUAAUGAUGACGAUAGUGGCACUAAUGAAGAUGGUGCUAUGGAUGAUGAAGAUGAUGAAGGUGGUGGAGAUGAUAGUAUUAAAGAUGUUGUUGAUAAUGAUGUUGUUAAUAGUGGUAGUGGGAGUGAUGUAGAUAGUCCUAAAGAUGGCGGUGAAGGCUGUGUGUUUGCUGAUGAUGGUAAGGAUGAGGAAGAAGAUGUGAAGGUUGCUGAUAGUGAGGGCUGUGCUGGUGGGGUUGAUGAUGAUGUUAUUGGGACUGAUGAAGAUGGUGCUAUGAAUGCCGAAGAUGAUGAAGAUGCUGGAGAUGAUAGUAUUGAAGAUGUUGAUGAUGAUGUUAAUGUUAGUGAUGAAGAUGGUAAAGAUGAUGGUGUAGAUAAUAGUGUUGAAGAAGAAGAUGAUGAUGAUGACUGUAUUGUGACUGAUGAAGAUGGUGCUGCUGAUGAUGUUGAAGAUGAUGAAGAUGGUGUUGUUGAUAGUAUUGAAGAUGUUGUUGAUGAUAAUAAUGUUGAUGUUGGUGUUGAAGAAGAAGAUAAUGAUGACAAUAGUGGGACUGAUGAAGAUGGUCCUGAGGAUGGUGAAUAUGAUGAGGAGGGUGUGGAAGAUUGUAUUGAAGACGUUGUUGAUGAUGAUAAUGAUGUUAAUGUUGGUGAUGAAGAUAGGGAUGAUGAUGGAGGCUGUGAGUUUGCUGAUGAUGGUAAGGAUAAGGAAGAUGAUGAAGAGGUUGCUGAUAGUGAGGACUGUGCUACUGGGGUUGCUGUUGAUGUUAGGGGACUGAUGAAUAUGGUGUUAUGA